AUGGCCGCGGCGCUCGACGCGUCGUCGGCCGCGGCGAUCCGCGCCGAGGCGAUCCGCGAGGCGCGCGCGCGCCGCCGCGCGCCGGCCGAGGACCUGUCCAUCGCCGCCGCCAAGCGCACGCUCGCCGGCCCGGCGUCGCCGGCGACCUGGCGGCCGCGGCGCCUCGCGGAGCGCCUGGACAUCGACGUCGGCGCGCGCCGCGUGACGCUGCGCCUCGACGGCGCCGCGCGCGACUUCGUCGACGCGAGCGCGCGCGUCGACGGCUCGGAGGGUUUGGCCGCGUGCCCGAAGGAGCCCGCGGUCGUCGCCGGCCUCGUCGACGGCUGGCCCGGCGUCGCCGGCGACUGGAGCCUCGCGGGCCUCGCGGCCCGCGUCGGCGGCGCGACGCCCCUCGAGGUCGACGGCGGGCCCUGGGAGGCGCGCGCGUCGCUGUCGUCCGCGCGCGUCAGCGCGGCCGCCUACGCGGCCUACGCGAAAAACGGCGGCGGCGGCGACGACGCGCCGCUCUACGUCUUCGACGCCGCGGAGCGCGCCGCGCUCGCGGGCCUGGGCCCGCCGCCGCCCUGCCUCGCCGACGACGCGCUGCCGCGGCUGCUGGGCUGCGCGGACGAGGCGAAGCGGCCGCUGCCCCGGGGCUGGCUGCUGGCGGGCGCCGCGCGGUCGGGCACGCCCGUCCACGACCACCCGCUGACCUGCGCCUACGUCGUCUUACUUUCCGGCUGCAAGCUCUGGGCCGUGCUGCCGCCGGGAACGGACCGGUCGUUUCUCUUUCCGACGAGCGGCGGCGACUACGACCUCUCCGCGGCCGACUGGUUCCUCCGCUGGGACCGCGGCCCGCCGCCGGGCGCGAGAAUCUUCGUCCAGCAGCCCCGGGAGGUCGUCUUCGUGCCCGCGGGCUGGUGGCACGUCGUGCUCAACGCGUCGGACAACGUCGCGCUCUCGCGGUCGCUCGCGCUCGAGCGCGACUUCGCGUUCCUCGACGCCGGGCCGGCGACGGCCCUCGAGCGCGACCGCGCCGAGGCGCUGCGCGCGGCGCGCAACGGCGGCGAUAACUGCGUCUGA